AUGUUUUCGUCCCUGAAGGGGUUCACCUCCAACAUCAACAGCAACUACACUGUCGCCCAGCAUACGACGUCUACAGCAGGACCAUGGAAGAUCUACGAUGCGACCAAUAAGAAGACGAAGAAGCCUUGCUCGGUCUUCGUAUUCGAGAAGAAGAGUCUAGACGCCCACGGGAGUUCCCUUAGUCGAUCCAGCGCCGCAGCGUUCAAGCGCACCACGGAAGAGGUCGUUGAGCGGUUGAAGAAGGAAGCGUCAUCUCUCGCCCGACUGCGCCAUCCAAGUGUUUUGGAGUUGGUCGAACCGGUCGAGGAUACUCGUGGAGGUGGUCUACAAUUUGCAACAGAGCCUGUCACUGCUUCACUAGCGGAUUUACUGGCACAGAAAGAUGACCAGGAACGGUCUGGCGGUGUUGGUGGCAGGUCCAGUCGCUAUGUCACUGAAGAAGCAGAUGGUACGCGACGGAGGAGAGAUCUGGAGAUAGACGAGUUGGAGAUACAGAAAGGCUUACUCCAAGUCAGCAAGGCAUUGGAGUUUCUACACGAAACCGCCGGCCUCGUCCAUGGAAAUCUCACUCCCGAGGCUAUUCUGGUCAACUCUAAGUCCGAUUGGAAAAUCAGUGGUCUUGGUUUCUGCAGUCCUCCAGAGAACUCAACCAAGCCUACCUCGGUGCAACCCAUUAGCCUAUCAGAGGUGCUCAAUCUUGAUUCCCGUUUACCUAAGUUCGUCCAGCUGAAUCUCAACUACACAUCUCCCGACUUCGUCUUGGACAAUAAUCUCAACCCAUCGGCCGAUAUGUUCUCCCUGGGUCUCCUGUGUGUUGCUUUAUAUAACUCGCCUCACCGGUCCCCCAUCGAAGCAAAUGCUAGCGUCUCUGCUUACAAGAGGUUGUUCAACUCGUCAUCCACUGUACCAAAUCUACAAAACGACUUCCUCGCGUCCAGGCCUUUACCCAGAGAUCUAUCGGCGCAUGUUUUGCCGCGUCUCAUUACACGGAGAGCGGCCCAACGUAUGACGGCCAAAGAAUUCCAGGAAAGCGAGUAUUUCGACAACAUACUCGUAUCCACGAUCCGCUUCCUCGAUGGUUUCCCAGCUAAGACGCCCAACGAGAAGGCGUCGUUCAUGAAGGGUUUGAACAAAGUGCUGCCUUCCUUCCCCAAAUCUGUUAUGGAGAGGAAGAUCUUACCCGCAUUGCUAGAAGAACUGAAGGAGAGAGAUCUGUUGUCGUUGAUUUUACAAAACAUCUUUAAAAUUAUCGAGCUACUACCGUCUUCGAAGCGUGCUUUCAGUGAGAAGGUGCGACCACGACUGAAGGAAGUAUUUGUGCUGUUGGCGAAACCGCAGCAGGCUCAAGAAAAGGAUCCAGCUCGGGAUGCCGGCCUCAUGGUUGUGCUUGAGAACACCAAUGCAAUUGCUAACAAUUGCAAUGGCAAGGAGUUUAAAGAUGACAUCUUGCCAAUCCUGGUGGUUGCUUUUGAGUCACCCACCCCGGCGCUGGUCGACGUGGCUAUGCGUGGACUUCCCGUCAUUCUACCCGUUCUUGAUUUCAGCACCAUCAAGAACGAGCUGUUCCCAGUCGUUGCAGCUGUGUUCAGCAAAACGAACAGCUUGGCAAUCAAGGUCCGAGGUCUACAAGCCUUCGUGAUCCUCUGCGGCGGGACCAAUGACCCAUCAGGGGGCGACGACGGGCUUGAUGGCUUCGGCGUUGAGAAAAAGAAGACGUCGUCUUCGAGCGCCCUCGAUAAGUACACGAUGCAGGAGAAGAUCGUCCCUCUGAUCAAAGCUAUCAAGACGAAGGAACCUGCUGUGGCAAUGGCAGCACUGAGCGUGCUUCGGGUGGUGGGAGAUGUCGCUGAUGCGGAUUUCGUAGCAAUGGACAUUCUCCCGGUGAUGUGGCACAUGAGUUUGGGGCCGUUGCUUGACCUGAAACAGUUUCAAUCCUUUAUGGAGUUGAUCAAGACGCUUUCCAGGAGAGUUGAAGAGGAGCAGACAAAGAAGCUGCAAGAGCUGUCGGCUGGUGCUUCUGGCAACGGCCGAGCUCUGGAGAAUGAAGAUUUUAUGGCGUUUGGCGGCGUGACGGGGACUGCCUUUGAAACAGCCAACGGAGCCGCAGAAGACGACUUCGAAUCACUUGUGAAAGGCAAGCCUUCUGUUCACUCUAGUGACCCAAUGGAUGCUGGGUGGGAUGCAGCACCAGCAGGUGCCCGAGCUUCUUCGCCGCCAGUGAAGUCGUCAACGGCACCAGCCUUCUCAUGGUCGACUCCCAGCCCUACAACGGCUGCCGCAAACUCGGGAGGGGGAAGCGUCGGUGUAAUCAAGGCACAAUCCACUUUUAGGACCGUGACACCAGACCUCGGGCGCUUUGAGAGCCUAACACCCUCCGCCACACAGUUUUCGCAGCCACUUCAACCUGCCAACAGCACCUCGUCCACCAUCACAAGCCCACAAAUCCCUACUGCCAAUCCUUGGGCAAGUGCAGCCGCUCCUAUGCCACCGCCUACGUCGUCGAUCUCGAGCAUGAGCAUUGGCAUGGAUCAGCAACGACCACAAAUGACAAGUGGGCCGUCAUCUUUCUCUCUGGCGCCUCCACCCUCAGCCAGUAGCAGCACGCCGACUGGCUUCAGCCUACCACCGCCGCCAGGUGGACCUCAAAGGAAUGCAUCCUCUUCAUCAUUUGGUGGCUCCUCAGGAUUUGGUCAGCCUUCUGCUUUUGGGACAGCCAGCACUAGCAGCCUCAGCAGUAUAGGCAGCAUGAUGGGUUCUACAGCUGGAACAGGCAUGGCGGCCAUGAGACCAAUGAACAGUGGCAUGGGUAUGAACUCGAUGAAUUCGAUGAACAAAAUGGCCGGUAUGAACAGUAUGAUGGGCAGCUCAAAUACCACUGGCAUGGGUAUGGGCAUGACUAUGACCGGCCAACAGCAACAGCCACAAAAGCCUGCCGCGAACAGCAAGUCGGGCCUGGACAAGUAUGAGAGUUUAAUAUGA